CUAGUGUGGAUAUGGACAUAAAACUCGCUGAAGCCUUUACAGCAUCAAGCCCGGGAUACCAGCGGUGGUAUACAUGACCCUUAGGAAUCCUAAACCACUCCUGAAAUCUAUCCGUCAAAACACAGCUCCACCCAAACAACCUUCAACUAUGUUUUUUGUCAUGUCAGAUCUAAGUGAGGAUGAAUCCAGGCUUCCUCAAAGUAAACAGCCGCGCCUUCUCAUUCUCAAGAAUAAACCCGCUCCUGACAGUGCUUUAAUCAUCCGGUGUCAACAGUCACCUCCUUCCAGAAAACAUCAUUUGUAGAUAUACUUUGUAGUAAUAGGCUUCAG